AUGGAGGCCAAUUAUGGCACUCCAACAAACAAGGCGGCUAGUGGUUCUGCGGUUGCUACUUUCACAGAGGCUGUUGAUGAUUCUGGUGGCAGUACUGCUUUUGGCGUUGCUAGCGGCGGUCCGGGUGUUACUGCUACGGUUGAUUCUACUGCUGCGAACAUGGCGACGCCUGCCAAUGCAGGUCUUCCUUGCCGGCCCGAGGCAGUUGCUGAGCUACCAGUGCUUGAUGUGAUCGGUCAUCGUAGAGGAGGAGGAGGCGGAGGUAUAGGCGGACAACCAAGGGGACGAGGAAGAGGACGAAGACGAGGUGCAUUCCGCAACAACUACCGAGGCGGCUUCAAUCAAGGCCGUGGUGGUUACGACAGUACCGCCAGCUCCUCGUAUACCUUAACGCAGACUCGUCAGGCUUACGGCAACCGGCAAACAGGCUGGGACUCUGCUUCGCAGGAAGUGCAAUAUCCGCUUGAUACGCAACAGCCACAGCGCGGCGGUCGUGGAAGAGGUGGCUACGGUAUUGGGCAGCAGCAGAACGUGGUGCGAAGACCUUCCCGUGGUUCUGGACGAUCUCGAGCGUCUUCGUCUCGCUCUAGACGCCUUGAGUAUGAUCAGCCGCAGCAGGAAGCUCAGAAUAUCGUCGUACUGAACGAAGGCGGCGAGCGGUCCGCCCGCUACCCUGGCCAUGGAGCUGAAGAGGUCGAGGCCACGAUGCAGGGCGAGACUACGCCACCCCAGCAGGAUGACUCGCGUGCUACAGUUUACCUUCGAGAUAUGUCAGUUGCGAGCAUCGAGUCGAUCACUCUACCCACUGCUGUCCUCGAGCCGCACAGUCUCAAAUCCGACGACUCGACGCCAUCCAUCCUAACCAGGGUCCGACCCGAACGGCGUCUGUCGCUCAUUACAGAGACGCCAGCAGACGCCACACCUUCCGAAGAACUCGUCACGAGCACUUCCAACCCUAUCCACUGGCAAGACCUCGCCUUCCAAGGCAUCUCGACCCUUGUCCACCCGGGUCACGCUCGGGAGAUGGUGUAUGCCUGGUACCCCUUCGCGGUUGUCCCCGGCAGUGGUGAAGGUGCACACCUGUCCUCCCUCCCCAGCCCCCUACCCAUAGCGUCGACGCCCCCUCCUCUGCCACCGUCCAUGCACCAACAGCCACCGAUGCAUCCUCCCGCGGCGCCGCACUUCCACUUCACCCACGACCACGCGUUCCUCGCUCUAUGCCACCCGGUACCCGCGAUGCCGUUUCCGUGGUUUCCGAUCCCGUACCUGCGCUACUGGGGCCCGGAACGGCUGGGUGCCCAUCCUAAAUUCUACGAUAUUCCCAUGGUGAGUCUUACGCUCAAGAAAGCGAUGCACGACGCCACGCGACAAGCAUAUUUGGAUCGGUGUGAGAACAGCGGUUGA